AUGGACACGGCGGAAGUGUCCGCCGGGCUCAGCACGGGAGCCCAGGCUGGCAUAGGCAUCGGGGUCGGCGUCGUGGUCAUCGCGCUCGCGACGACUGCGUAUGUUCGCCGGCGGAGGGCGAAGAGCAGGCGGAGCAACACCGUCGUUCGGAGGGACGAGGAGGAGGAGGGGGAUGAGUAUGCGGAGAUGGGGACUAUGAAGGGCGAGAGGCCGGUUAUUUGCGAGGGCGGGACGUGCAGCAAAGUGAGAAUGGUUGCGGCGUGA